UCUUCUCAGUCUCUCUGCUAGGUCGAGCUCCCGCGCUCCGCCCGGAACAAGAGGCUCCAGGCCUUAGGGUCCCCACGAUCCCCAUCUCCUUCCUCGUCGUCGGCGUCGUCAUCUUCUUCGAUUGGAUUCUCUCUCCGUGAGGAGGAACACGCAGAAACUUCUAGAGAGAGAGAGGGAGAUGGGGGAAGAGAAGGAGGACCCGCAGAAGCUGAGGAGGAUCGCGGCGGCGGCGUAUGACUACGAGAACGACCCGCGAUGGGCGGAUUACUGGUCCAACAUCCUCAUCCCCCCGUAGAUGUCCUCCCGCCCCGACGUCGUCGACCACUACAAGCGCAAGUUCUACCAGCGCUUCAUCGAUCGCAAUCUCAUUGUCGAGCCAAUGUCUUCCGGUAGUUCAUCUCAGUCAGCAAGGCAAUCUACACCGUCCUCAGCUUCAUCAACGACCAAUGAGCAGCCUCGAUCCCGUAGCACUGGAUCUUCUACCGGAAGCUCUAGCUCAUCAGCAACUUCACCUUCAAAUCCAACUUCUUUGCGCUGGGAUCAGCAAACUAUACAAUUCCCUGUCAAUGCUUGGGUAUUCGUGGUGGCUGUACUGGCUAUAUUCCCAUUUGUGCCUCGAAAUCUUUCAAAUAGGGCAUAUCGUCUUUCAUUUAUGGGCACCGCAUGUUGGUCUGUGUAUUCUCUGUACUCAUUAUAUGGGAAACCUAGGGCAUGGAAUAUGCAAGCUUUGCAAGUUUACUUUCAAACGAUAAUAGUGACCAAGGACUUCAUCUACUGCCUGACAUUUGUCACUUCGCAUCUUAACCUUAAAUGUAAGCAGAACUUGGCUUCUAAUAAUCUAUUUUGGUUUUUCCUGACUCUUUUUAGAUCCGCUUUAUUAGUCUCCUCCUUUUAUGACAUUGCUUUUACUCCUCAGUCGCUUUAA